AUGACUUCAACAGUUGAACUCUUGGAGCUCAAAGACAACAUCAAUGAUGUAGCCGACUUCUGCCAACCUGACGAGUUCUUAGACAUCUUUAAUUUUGACAGGUACUAUACGGAUACAGGUAUGGACAUGUCAUAUGAGGAAUUUUCUCAUUUAGAGCCCUUUGACGAAGAGGAUGUCCAACCAGUGAAAGAAGCAUCGCCAGACCUUGAUCAGCCUUCUACACCUGACGUGCUUGAUCCAACCAUGAAAGUACCUUCGGACUUAUCGGCGGAAACCCCUUCAAAACUCUCUGUCCCGAUAUGCAUGAUAGCUAUUGGGACUGUUGAUAAUGAUGGUGUUUGUGAAUCUGAGCCUCUCCCCAAUCUUUUGAAGGCUCCGAUCUCGGGGGUGUUGGAUGGGACUGCCUGCGAGUCAGUGCUUGCUUUGAAGGAUUCAGAAACUUCAGAAGUGGUUGACGACAAGGUUGUCGUGCCCAAACCUUCCGAAGUAAAGACAGAGCAAUCGACCAUUUAUGUGCAGCAACCAUUGGAUCUUGCUAUCAUCGAUUUAACCGAGUCGAGUGGCGAGGAAUCAGCCCCACCAAUGACUCUUCGGAAGGUGAAAAAGGAUCAAAACUUGCCAUCCUCCAUAGAAAGCUCGACCGCAUUAUUAAGUAAGAAGCGUAAGCCGUCUGAAAGCCAAGAUAAUGUAUUACGGACUGGUCGAUGUACAAGACGAAAAACCUCAUUCCGCAAACACCUCAGCGAUGAGAAUGUAUUCUUGGUUUCUUCGGUAGAAGAUAUUGAAAAGCUGCUUGAGAAUAGGCAAGAGAUGGCGUUGGCGGAAAAUACGAGGGUAGGAUUGAUUGAAUUGAAGAAUAAAUUUCUGGCUUGGGGUGUUCAUGACCAGAGGGUGACGGAAGAAUGGGAGGAAGUGACGAACUGGUAUUAG